AUGGCCGACGGCAACGACAAGACGGCUUCCGUGGAGGAGUCGCACAAGACCCCCACUACCACCGCCGCCACCGACACCGACACCGACACCUACGACGACUUGCCGCCUCGCCCUGAUGGCUGGAUGUACAAGGCCUUCAAGCUGGGCAGCCACCACUACUGGUACGCCUCGCCCCGCGUCCAGCUGCUCAUGGUCUCCCUCGUGUGCUUCCUGUGCCCCGGCAUGUUCAACGCCCUCAGCGGCCUCGGCGGCGGCGGCCAGCUCGACUCGACCGCCCAGACCCAGGCCAACACGGCGCUCUACAGCACCUUCGCCGUCGUCGGCUUCUUCGCCGGCUCCAUCGCCAACCGCCUCGGCCUGCGCCUGACCCUCUCCUUCGGCGGCGUCGGCUACUGCAUCUACGCCGCCAGCUUCCUCUCUUUUAGCCACACCCAGAACCGCGGCUUCGUCACCUUCGCCGGCGCUUUCCUCGGCGUCACCGCCGGCCUCCUCUGGGCCGCCCAGGGCGCCAUCAUGAUGUCCUACCCGCCCGAGGACGAGAAGGGCCGCUACAUCUCCUGGUUCUGGAUCAUCUUCAACAUGGGCGCCGUCAUCGGCUCCCUCAUCCCCCUGGCCGAGAACAUCCAGAACCGCGCCGGCGCCGUCACCGACGGCACCUACGCCGCCUUCAUCGUCCUCAUGUUCUGCGGCGCCGUCGUCGCCCUCUUCCUCUGCAACGCCGGCACCGUCCAGCGCGAGGACGGCUCUCGCGUCAUCCUCAAGAAGAACCCGUCCUGGCAGUCCGAGCUGUAUGGCCUGUGGGAGACCUUCCGCGACCACUGGUGGAUCCUCCUGCUCUUCCCCUACUUCUUCUCCUCCAACAUUUUCUACACCUACCAGACCAACGGCCUCAACCUGACCGCCUUCAACACCCGCACCCGCGCCCUGAACAACCUCCUCUACUGGCUCGCCCAGAUCAUCGGCGCCGUCGUCUUCGGCUACGGCCUGGACGUUUCCCGCAUCCGUCGCACCCGCCGCGCUCGCGGCGCCUACGUCGUCCUCGUCGUCCUCACCUUCGUCAUCUGGGGCGGCGGGUACGCCUGGCAGCGCCAGCAGCCGCAUCGCAGCGAGGCGAGGCAGGACAUUGACUGGACCGACGGCGGCUCGCGCUUUUUCGGUCCCAUGUUCCUCUACUUUUUCUACGGGUUCUUCGAUGCGGCCUGGCAGACGAGCAUUUACUGGUACAUGGGCGCCAUCUCCAACUCGUCACGAACAGCCGCCAAUCUAGCCGGUUUCUACAAGGGCCUCCAGAGCGCCGGCGCCGCCGUCUACUGGGCCCUCGACAGCCGACAACUCGACUACAGCACCAUGUUCUACUCCACCUGGGGCCUCCUGGCCGGCUCCCUCCUGCUCGCCGCCCCCGUCGUGUUCAUGCGCAUCACCGACACCACCGACGUUGAGCGGGACAUCAAGGGCACCGGCGACACUGUCGAGAAUGUGGUCGCGCCGGGUGCCCUCGGUGCCGAGGGGAAGAAGGCUGAGACUGAGACGGCUUGA